AUGGCCGCUGUUCGCUUCCUCUUUCUCCUCCUUUUCUUCUCUUCCUCCCCCUACCUCUCCCUCUCCUUACCACAAGACCAAGAAGCUCUCCUCAAGUUCAUGAAAUCACUCACCCAUGCAGGUGCCUUAGACAAGUGGACCCCUGAUCAAAACUCAUCUCCAUGCAAAGCCAAAUGGACAGGGAUUGUUUGCUCCAGGGGCAGUAAUGUCAUCAGUGGUCUCCAUAUCUCCGACAUGGGUCUCUCUGGAAAGAUUGAUUUUGAUGCCUUGAAAGACAUUCCUACCCUAAGAACCAUUAAUUUCAUGAACAACAAUUUCUCAGGUUCAAUCCCAGACUUCCACACACUUGGUGCCUUGAAAUCCUUGCUCCUGGCAGGAAAUGGAUUCUCUGGUGAAAUACCAAAAGACUACUUUUCCCAUAUGACCUCACUGAAAAAAAUAUACCUCGGUAACAACAAUUUCACAGGCAAAAUCCCAGAGUCCUUGGGCCAAUUGAACAAGCUAGAAGAACUUCACUUGGAGAAAAACCAAUUCACAGGCCCUAUCCCCAAACUAAAACAAGGAUUGAACUCACUUGACUUGUCAAAUAACAAGUUACAAGGUCCAAUCCCAGACAGCAUGUCCAAGUACAACCCAAAGGCAUUUGAAGGAAAUGAAGGGCUAUGUGGCGUGCCACUCAAGUCAUCAUGUAAAUCCCCAUCUCCAUCCCCAUCACCAGCUCCAACCCCUGCCCCUUCCCCUUCCCCAUCAACCCCAUCACCAUCCCCACCACCUUCUUCGCCGUCCUCAUCAUCCUCAGACGUGGAUUCUAAAAGAACGACAACCAUCAUCAUAAUCAUCAGUGUCAUCUUGGGUAUCAUGAUACUACUCUUGCUGUAUGUGUUGUUUGUAGCAAAAAAGCGAAAGAGAGACGACGAUUUCGAUGUGCUUGGGAAAGAACAAUUGGAUGAUCAUCAUCAACAGGUGGUUGAAGUUCAUGUCCCAAGUAGCAACAACCGCAGUCUGGGCAGCACUAAUCAUAGCUUGGAGGUCCACCAAACCAGUAGCAAAAAAGGGGACUCUAAGAAGGGGUCAAAUCAUGGGAAAAAUGGCAUGAACGAGCUUUUGAUGGUGAAUGAUGAAAAGGGUUCGUUUGGAUUGUCUGAUUUGAUGAAAGCUGCGGCUGAGGUUUUAGGGAAUGGAGGGUUGGGAUCGGCUUACAAGGCUGUGAUGUCCAAUGGGAUGUCUGUGGUGGUGAAGAGGAUGAGGGACAUGAAUAGGUUGGGGAGAGAUGGGUUUGAUGCUGAGAUGAGAAGGUUUGGAAGAUUAAGGCACAAGAAUAUCUUGACUCCUUUGGCUUACCAUUAUAGGAGAGAGGAGAAGCUGUUGAUCUCAGAGUACAUUCCUAAGGGCAGCUUGCUAUACCUUUUGCAUGGUGAUCGUGGCAUUUCUCAUUCGGAGCUGAACUGGCCUAUCCGUCUGAAGAUAAUCCAAGGAAUUGCAUGUGGAAUGGGGUUCAUCCACACAGAGUUUGCAUCCUAUGACCUUCCCCAUGGAAACCUCAAGUCAAGCAAUGUUCUGUUGAAUGAUGACUAUGAGCCAGUCCUAAAUGACUAUGCCUUGCAUCCCCUCAUCAACCCCAACAAUGCUGCUCAAACAAUGUUUGCUUUUAGGACCCCAGAGAUCACAGAGUCCCAGCAAAUAUCUCCAAAGUCUGAUGUUUAUUGCCUAGGGAUUCUAAUCCUUGAGAUCCUAACUGGGAAAUUCCCUUCCCAAUAUCUAAGCAAUGGCAAAGGAGGAACUGAUGUGGUGCAAUGGGUGCAAUCAGCAAUGGCUGAGCAGAGAGAAGAAGAGCUGCUUGACCCAGAGAUAGCAAGUGAUGCAGACUCUGUGGAUCAGAUGGUGCAGCUUCUCAAGAUUGGAGCUGAUUGCACUCUCAGUGAUCCUGAGCAAAGGCUUGAUAUAAGGGAAGCCAUUAGGAGGAUAGAAGAGAGUGUUGUCAGAGGAAGACAAAACAGGUUUCAGCUUUCAACAGAUCCCACGGACAUGGCAACUACAUCACAGAUUGUCGAGAAACUGAAAUUGAAUCCCCACCCAGAAGGUGGGUUUUAUUUUGAAACUUUCAGAGACAUCUCCAUUGCCCUGCCCUUGUGCCAGCUUCCCCCGGAUUACAAGGUUGAGCGCCCUGUGAGUUCUUCGAUCUACUUCUUGCUGCCUUCUGGGGAUGCGUCACGCCUUCAUCGUAUACCAAUGGCUGAAACCUGGCAUUUUUAUCUGGGAGAACCUAUUACGAUAGUGGAGUUGGAUGACAAAGAUGGGCAAGUCAAAUUCACCUGCCUUGGACCCAAUUUGAUUGGAGAGGAUCAGCAACCCCAGUACACGGUGCCUCCAAAUAUAUGGUUUGGUUCAUUUCCAACAAAGGACUAUAGCAUUUCACCAGAUGGGGCAUUGCUCAAAGCUGCUCCAAGGGAUGCUGAGACUCACUACUCUCUUGUGGGAUGCACUUGUGCACCUGCCUUUCAGUUCCAGGACUUCGAGCUGGCAAAGCGAUCAGAGCUUGUUUCUCGCUUUCCUAAAUUCGAGCCUCUUAUAUCAUUGCUUACAUUCCCUGAAAAAGCAUAA